CGCAGAUAACAGAUUCCGAUCUUUGUUCAUUCCGACGGCUGUUGGUAACAGUUGAAAUCAUUCGAAAUGCUAAUAAGUGAAAGUCUGAACAGCUUCCAGCAAUUAAAAUUUCAUUGAUGGCCCUGUGCAUUCGUAGUAUUGCUGACUAUUCGGAAAUUUAAGAUCGCAUUUUCGAUGAAUGACUCUGGUUACCAUGACUAACUCUACCCUGGACCAGAGCAGUGGUUUUCCUGUUAUUUUAAUAGUUUUUAUAGUUUUACAACAACUAGUAUUUAUUACUGCUCUUCUUGGCAACAGUCUUGUUAUAUUUAUAUUCAUCAGUAAACUUAAACUUAAAACCAAUACAAACAAGUUUGUGGUAAAUUUAGCAAUUGCUGACAUGUUAACUGGAAUAGUAGCAGGAAUACAAGUAUUUUAUUUUAUGUAUCCAAGUAUCGCAAAUAACAUGACAGUUUGUUUUCUACGUUACCUGCUAAUCAGUUACACGACACUGGUAUCCCAAUUGACAGUCUUGUUCACAGCGCUAGACAGAUACAUAGCAAUUUGUCAUCCGCAUCACUACGCAAAAAUCCUGACAACAAACGCAACAAUCAUUUUGUCUCUGUUUCCAUGGAUAUUCUGCUUAUUUUUUGUUGCUCUCCCGUUCUGGGGUUUGCACGUUUGGAGCCCUGGUUUUCCAUGUGAAUACUUAUUUUUAUUUCAUAGGGGUUUCUACUUGGCAUCAUCUCUCAUUGUGUAUAGUUUUAGCAUGAUAACCUUUGUAAUGUAUAUUUUGAUACUGAAAGCGGCAUGGCGGUUUUAUUCUAGAGUUGCACCAGUGAGUGGCGGUUCCGUGAACAAUCAGCAAACAGCGAAAUCUAAGAACAUGGAUCGUGAUGUACGGAGUGCAAAAGUUACAGGUAUCGUUACGUUGGCAUUUUCGUUUUGUUGGCUACCAUUCACGUCGUUUCCAUUCAGGAAAGGUAUCGGAAUUGAUCAAACGACGAUAACAGAAUUAACUGUGAUGAAUUGGUUGGUGUUUCUUGGCCUUUUAAACAGUAUAAUAAAUCCAUUUAUUUAUGCUUGGAAACGUCGGGACUUUAUUAAAGAAUGUAAAAAAACGUUUAGGUGCUUAAAGAAUAAUAAUCAGGAAGAAACAGUUGUACAUGUUACUUCCCAACCUUAACGACAUUCGCUAGGUUUGAGAAUGAAAGUCGUUCCUUUUAUUUAUAGGAGUUAAAAGUCUAAUAAUAGGGAUGAAAAGCCUGUAACUAAGAAACACUGAUUUCAGUCGGUUUGAUCGCUUAAUAUGCUUGACAGCCUUGUUCGAACCCACCUUCAGCGAAACAGUUUCAUGAAAAAACAAUAUGUACAAUAUUAUACUAUUUCUAUGAGCUGGUAAAUUUCAGAUCUGGAUAUCGACUUCCGACUGCAUUGCAAAGCUUCGGAAAGGACGCAUCGUAACAAUUGCGUGAAAUCGGGAACUGUGAUGGCCUAACUUACAUAUCUUUUAACUUUAAAAACAAUGGAACGGCUUAAGAACUAUGUAGCGGAUACCACGACAUAUACAUUGAUUUAUCAAGAUUUUUUGUAGUUUGAAGAAACAACGACGGUUUAUUAGUUUAGAAUAAAAUCGUUUUAAAAUGUUA